AUGAUGGCUCAUGCAGCCCACAACCACGCGGCGAGCACCGACUUGCAAUAUGACAGCGACCCGGGAAAGAUGGCGCACAGGGCCCCUGGUGACUCCCCCGGUGACUCGCACGCCCCGUACCUCGACCAUGCUACCCUCAACGAGGACUACGAGGGCAAGCCCACCGAGGAAGAGUCAAAAACGCUACGAAGAGUCCCCGCAAGCGUUCCCGUUAUUGCCUAUCUUAUCUGCGCCGUUGAGUUCUGCGAGCGUGCGUCCUACUACGGUGUCCAACCUCUCAUGAGCAACUUCGUGAACAGGCCGCUUCCAGAAGGAGGGGACGGCUGGGGGGCACCGCCUUCUGGCACACAGCAGACGGCGGGUGCCUUGGGCUUGGGCACAACCAUAGCGAAUGCAAUCGGCCAGUCUUUCAGUCUGUUGGUGUAUGCCCUCCCUCUCGUUUUCGGCUACCUAGCAGACGCAAAGACAGGCCGCUUCAAGAUGAUCUGCUGGGGCGUCGGUAUUUUCGGUGUCGCACACGUCCUCAUGGUAGUCGCCGGCGCCAAAAACCUCCUAGCUAAUGGUACCGCCAAGGCGCCCUACUUCAUCUCCGUCUAUAUCCUGGCCGUUGGUGCGGGCAUGUUUAAGCCGAAUGUUUCGCCGCUGCUACUCGAUCAGAUGACUACCACGGUGCCUACUGUGGUCACCACGAGCAAGGGCGAAAGGGUGAUCCAGGAUCCCGAGUCAAGUACCGAAAGGGUUAUGCUCUGGUUCUAUCUUCUUAUUAAUAUAGGCGGCUUUAUGAAUGUGGCCACUGCCUAUAUUGAAAAAUAUAUCGGCUGGUGGUUAGCUUUCCUCAUCCCCCUUAUUCUGUACCUGCCCUUGCCUGUACUACUUUGGUGGCUACGCAAGCGCCUGAUCCUGCACCAACCUGGCGGUAGUGACCUCCCCAACGUCGUCCGAGUGCUGGGCAUCUGCUUACGGCGCGGUGGCAUUUCCAAGCUUGGCCGUCACGGCUUCUGGGAGUUGGCGAAGCCCUCUAACAUGUUGGCGGCUGGAUUGACGCCCGAUAUACGAUGGAACGACCAAUUCGUCGAUGACGUUCGCCGCACUUUCCAGGCCACGGGCAUCUUCUGUUUCUUCCCCAUCCAGUACCUCAACGAUAACGGCAUCGGCUCGGCAGCCAGCUUCCUGUCCACCAUGCUGACCACCAACGGUGUACCUAAUGACGUCAUCGGGAACUUCAACACGUUGAGCAUCAUCGUCAUGGCCCCCGUCCUGAAUUACGGCCUAUACCCCUUCUUGCGUGACGCUAAGAUCCACUACGGCCCGGUGGCUCGCAUGACAACGGGUUUGGCCAUGUCGACACUGGGCGGUGUCGGAUACACAGUGCUCAACUACUAUGCUUACAAGCAGUCCCCUUGUGGCGACUACGGCUCGAGUGACUGUACCAUCGGCGAGGGCGUGGCGCCCAUCAGCAUCUGGUGGAUGGCGAUCCCCUACGCAAUUGGUGGUAUCUCGGAGUUAUUCAUCAACGUGCCCGCCUACGGCAUUGCUUACUCGCGCGCCCCUGUCAACAUGAGGGGUCUCGUGUCGGCCAUCAACCUCUUCACCACAGCCGUAGCUUACGCUAUUGGAUUAGCAUGCUCAUCCGUCAUCACGGAUCCGUACUUGACGUGGGACUUUGGCGGUCCAGCCAUUGCCGGCGGUAUUCUCACCAUUAUAUUUUGGUUCACCUUCCGUCACAUUGAUCAGGAGGAAUUUGCCCUGACUCAGAACCCCGACUAUGAACUACAGCUGAAGGGCACUAGUGCUCCUGUGGUGGGCAAGAGCCCACUCAAUGAGAGUACCAGCCGAGCAGCCCCUACUGCCGACAACGAGGAGAUGAUGAUCUCGCAGAAACAGUAA